GCCGCCAACGCAUCUGGUUCGGGCGAAGUUGUUAUUUUUGCUAUCGCUACGUGUGGUUGGGUUUUUCAAUAUACUCGAACUAGGUUUUCGCGUUCACCGAUAAAUUAAAUCGUCCCUUUAAAAAAAACGUUUGUUCGCUUCGGAACGAAGCGGUGAUGCGAAACGUUACGUGAUUGUGGCCGUUUGAAAAGAGUGCUAGUUUUUUUCACUCCUCCAACCGAAAAGACAGUCGUCGUGUGGCCUUGUGCUGUCAAUUCGGCCGCUUGCCGAGAGUUCCAGCGAGAUACACCCAAAUAUUCUAAACAUAUUAAUAUUAAAUACACUUUGGGUCAGUUUUCGUUUUAAUUUGGGUUUGUGAACCAAGGCGGGGUUAUUAUUUAGCGAUCAUGCAGGCGAUAAAAUGUGUGGUUGUUGGCGAUGGUGCCGUUGGUAAAACAUGCCUUUUAAUUAGUUAUACAACAAAUGCUUUUCCCGGGGAGUAUAUCCCAACGGUUUUCGACAAUUACUCGGCGAAUGUAAUGGUAGAUGGGAAACCGAUUAAUCUGGGUUUAUGGGACACAGCCGGGCAAGAAGAUUACGACAGGCUGCGACCUUUAUCUUACCCUCAAACCGACGUCUUCUUGAUAUGCUUUUCGUUGGUAAAUCCGGCUUCGUUUGAAAACGUCCGAGCCAAAUGGUACCCUGAAGUAAGACACCACUGUCCCAGCACGCCAAUAAUCUUAGUUGGGACAAAAUUGGAUUUGCGCGAUGAUAGACAAACAAUUGAGAAGUUAAAAGAUAAAAAAUUGGCCCCAAUUACAUAUCCACAAGGUUUGGCUAUGGCAAAAGAAAUAAGCGCUGUAAAGUAUUUGGAAUGUUCAGCAUUAACUCAAAAAGGAUUAAAAACGGUGUUUGAUGAAGCAAUAAGGGCGGUACUGUGUCCAGUAAUGCAAGUGAAGCCGAAACGCAAAUGCGUCAUCCUUUAAAAGGGUCGCAAAUAAAAUUUUAAGAGGCAAUUGACCCUUUCAAAGUCAUCGGACCAGCUACACACCGCGUAUUAACACAAAUAAUUUUAAAAAAUCAAGAAAAAAUAAUGUCAGUCAAGUUAAUAAAUAAACGUUUCGAUUGUU